GGUAAUUAUAAAUACACGAGAGACUAACUUGUAAACACGAAAGAAAAAAUGUUGAGAAUAUCGAAAUUAGUAGAAGUCGAUCAUUGAAGGUGAAAACUUGUCAAAAAUUUGUUCAGAUAAUUUCAUGAUAAAAUAAAUUUUUCCAUAUUUGGCGAUUUCCAAAAAUAAAAUUGAUAAGCAUCUAAAGAAAUUCUUGUAAUCUGUUGAAUCAUUGAAGAUGUUUUUAACAAAGUUUAAUGUCAACUUAGUGACGAAGAGUAGUAAAGGGUUAAACACAAUUGUUAGACUCUCUUCAACAUCAGCUGUUAAUGACUCUGAGUGGAAGAAUGCGAAACCGUACAGUCAAAUUCCAGGAUUAACAAAGUUUGGUCUCGUUAGAGCUGUUUCUCCAGGCGGUAAAUACAACAAUCUCAAUAUUAUUGAGAUGUCGCUGAAGAUGCAGGAAGAAUAUGGAAAUUUCGUAAAAUUUCCCGGACUUUUUGGACAACGUGAUUUAAUUUUCACUCUUGAUCCAAAUGAUAUCGAGACAAUAUUUCGUCAUGAAGGAAAAUUUCCAAUAAGACGUGGCCUUGACACUUUAGAAUAUUAUAGAGAAGUUUAUAGACGUGAAUGGUUUGGUAAAGGAAACACUGGAUUAGUGCCAUCACAAGGUGACGACUGGUAUCAAUUUAGAACAAGAGUUAAUCAAACAAUGAUGCAACCAAAGACGUCAAAGCUUUAUAUUCCUAAAAUCGAUGAAGUCGCUAUUGAGUUUGUAGACAGAAUUAAAGAAAAUCGUGAUGCUAAUGGUGAAACCCCUAAUGAUUUUCUGGAAUACAUCAAUCAAUGGGCAUUAGAAAGCAUUGCAUUAAUAACAUUAGAUACUCGUCUAAUGGUUCACGAAAAUCCCAGAUCAGCAGAGAUCAACAGAUUAAUGAAGGAAGUUUUUAGACUUUCUUAUGAGUAUGAUGUCAUGCCGAGUUUAUGGCGAACAGUUAAAACUCCUGGUUUCAUGCAUGUUAUGAAGACCUAUGAUCGUUUAACAGGGAUUAUGAGAGAAUAUGCUAAUGAAGCGAUGAAGAAGUUGGAAGCUUCAACGCCUUCUGAUGAUCAUGAACCUGGGAUUUUAGAAAAGUUAAUGAAAAUUGAUAAGAAUGUUGCUUUCGUUAUGGUGUUAGAUUCAUUGUUGGCAGGCGUCGACACAACAUCAACAGGAAUUGUGUCUACUUUAUAUUGUCUAGCAAGCAACCCAGAUAAACAAGAAAUAUUACGAAAAGAAGUUCUUAAAAUUCUUCCUGAAAAAAAAUCAAAACUUACAACACAAUCAUUGUCAUCAAUUCCGUAUUUACGUGCAGUGAUUAAAGAAGCAAUUCGACUUCAUCCGCCAUUUAAUGGAAACUUGCGAGAAACUGUACAAGACAUGGUCAUUCAAGGAUACCAAAUUCCUAAGGGUACAAAUUUGGUGUUGGGAACACAUAUUUUGCCAAUACAAGACGAACAUUUUGAAAGAAGCAACGAGUUUAUUCCCGAGCGUUGGAUCAAAGACAACACAGACACAAAAUGCCCACAUGCAAAAGAUUCACAUCCUUUUGCCUAUCUUCCUUUCGGAUUUGGAAGCCGCAUGUGCGUUGGGAGACGUUUUGCUGAACUUGAGAUUGAAGUGUUAACAAUGAGAAUUAUUCGAGAGUUUAAACUUGAAUGGAAUAAUCCUCCACUUAAGUUUAAAUCGUUUACUUUAAACAUUGCAGCUGAUCCAUUGAAAUUCAAAACGAUUGAUUUGUAAUUAUAUUAGAAUGUGAUUAUGUUUGAUAUUAUCAGAAAUAAUUAAAAAAUAUUUAUAGAAAUUUUACACAUUUUUCAAUAAUCUUGAUCAAAAUAUGAUUAAAA